UAACUGGGUUUCUUUUCCUUUGCGAGGCAUCGACGAUAUGACUCAUAUGAGGAAUGAUAUAUAAUCCGCGAAUCAAACAAAAUUUACAUUGAACAAAAUUGUACCGAAUUGUUAUGGAAAACUAAUGAAAAUAGAAGCCUGUAAAUUCACAGCCAUUUUGCUGUUCUUGUAGGGAAACUUCAUCUAUUUUACAUGGCAAGUAUUAAACUCCAUAUAGUCAAGAUCAAAGUUGGAAUUCUAUUUUUCUUAGACUUCCUUUGAACUAGUGAAGAAAAAUCCAAAUUCUAAUCAAUAAAAAACGGUAAUUAAUACAUCAAUAAGGGGCAACUCAUACUUUGUUCCCAAGUAAAACGUGAUCAUUUCAUUCAUUUGUGAUCAGAUUGAAAAACAACUAAUUUUUUGCAUAUUUAGUGUUCCAGCUGCACAGUCAUAAAUUUUACCGGCGGCCGUUUAAGUGCCAAAAGUCUCUCUCCACCUCCACCUUGCAUUUAUAUUCCAACUUCUGUAGUAUGCUAAGCUGAGCACAAGCCCCCCAAACCCUUCUGCAGCCACAGACAAAAAUGGAGGAGAGUUUGUUAUUCCCAAGAGGCAAAGAUCAAGCAGAGCAAAGAAAAGAGUCAUGGGGUAUGUUUUUCGAAGAAGUCAAGAGGUUGGGUUGCUUAGCCGGACCUAUGGUUGCUGUCUUGCUAUCCCAGUACAUGGUGCAGGUUGUUUCGAUGAUGAUGGUUGGUCACCUUGGUGAGCUUGCUCUCUCCAGCACUGCCUUGGCCAUAUCCUUUUCCGGGGUCACCGGUUUUAGUGUUCUUCUAGGAAUGGCCAGUGCACUUGAAACUUUAUGUGGGCAAGCGUAUGGAGCUGAGCAAUAUCAGAAACUUGGACUUCAAACUUACACCGCCAUAUUUUCUCUCACCUUAGUUUGUCUUCCUUUGUCUUUGAUAUGGAUAUAUAUGGCGGAUAUACUGAUGUUCAUGGGCCAAGACCCUGUAAUUUCACAUGAAGCUGGCAAAUUCACAAUCUGGCUUCUUCCUGCUUUGUUUUCUUAUGCAACUCUCCAACCACUCAAUAGAUACUUUCAGACUCAAAGUCUAAUAACUCCUAUGCUCGUGAGCUCUUUGGCGACUAUUUUGUUCCAUAUUCCUCUCUGUUGGGCUCUAGUAUUCAAGUCUGGACUGGAUAGCCUUGGAGGGGCAUUAGCAAUGAGUAUUUCCUACUGGUUCAAUGCGAUUGUACUUGGAUUGUUCAUGAAGUUUUCUUCCGCCUGUUCGAAAACCAGAGUUUCAAUUUCUAUGGAGCUAUUCCAUGGAAUGAGAGAGUUCUUUUGUUUUGCCAUCCCUUCUGCUGUAAUGAUAUGCCUUGAGUGGUGGUCAUUUGAGCUGCUUAUCUUGCUGUCCGGGCUUUUACCAAACCCAGCUCUUGAAACUUCAGUUCUGUCUGUAUGUCUCCAGACCAUUGCGACACUCUAUUCAAUACCAUACGGGUUUGGUGCUGCAGCAAGCACUAGAGUUUCAAAUGAACUAGGUGCUGGCAACCCAAAAGGUGCUCGUAUGGCUACGUGUGCUGCGAUGUUUCUUGCACUCAUAGAGACAACUAUAAUAACCACAACCCUCUUUGCCUGCCGCAAUCUGUUUGGCUACAGUUUUAGUAAUGAGAGAGAUGUCGUCGAUUACGUCACAACCAUGGCUCCUCUAGUUUGUCUCUCUGUUAUACUAGACAGUUUUCAAGGGGUCCUUUCAGGUAUUGCUAGAGGAUGUGGGUGGCAGCAUAUAGGGGCUUACGUAAACCUUGGAGCAUUUUAUUUAUGUGGGAUUCCUGUUGCUGCUACAUUAGCUUUCUGGGUUCAACUAAGAGGAAGGGGUCUUUGGAUUGGAAUACAAGUUGGAGCUUUUGUGCAAACCACUCUGCUUGCUGUUGUAACAACUUGUACAAACUGGGAAAAGCAGGCAAGUAAGGCAAGGGAGAGGAUAUUUGAGGCAAGCUAUGUAGAAGCUAAUGGAUUGUUGCACUAAUCGAGCAGAGAUUAAUCAGUUUUGAUGAGCUUAAUUCUCUUUAAUCAUGGUACUAAAGGAGAAAUUACUUGCUUCUAGUUAUGAGGCUGACAGCAUUGCUGCACAGCACAUAAUGAGCACCAGAAUGUGCCAGAGAGCGUCCACUGCAAGAUCUGGCCCCGAACAGCGCCUCACCUUUGGAGUGCCGAAAGUCUUAAAUGGGCUUUUAUCAUGAUAAAUCGAUGUGGAAAAUGGAAAGUUAACUGUCGAGUUGGAUACAUUCUGCAAAUUUUAUCUUGAACUUUACAUAUGCAAUACAAGUCAACAUUUCAUAACUGGUUUGUUUUUCUAAUCAUUUUCACAAC